AUGGCUGCUCAAAGGCCGUCACAUGCCCUGGCUGGUGUAAUUCUGGGACUGUUGAGAGUUUGGAGACAUGCCCGCCAGCGUCUGCCAUUAUUGCAGGUCCUGCGCAGCAGUUUCCCUGGCGUGCGGAUCCACGAUGACGUGAUCAGCCUGGAGAGGCUGCCAGAGGAGACCGAGCUGCUGGUGGCUGGCUUCCCCUGCAUUGACGUCAGCCGUGCGGGGCUGCGGCGAGGCCUGGAGGGGCAAUCCACCGGUCUCGUGCGCCACCGCGCCAAGGAUGACAACCGGCCGGUACCGUGGGUCCUGCUCGAGAAUGUGGAAGCGCUGCUGGACAGACAUGCAGGGGAGCCCCCCGUUAUGCAGCACUGUGCCCAGAAGUUCAUUGAGCUGGGCUACCAGAGCUGGGCAUACCGCGUUGUCAACUCGGCAGGAUUUGGCGUGCCCAAUCGCCGCCGCCGGGUGUUCAUGGUGGCGGCACUGCAUGGUGAUGCGCGAGACGUGCUGCUCUCGCAGGGAGCCCAGAAGUGCACGGGCGGCUGCGAGCACUUGUUUGGCGGGCGAAGGUGCUAUCCUUGCCAUGCUAACGAGCUGCGCAACAUGCGGCACCACAACCGCGUGUCCUAUGCUCUGGACAUGGGCAAUGCCAUGAGCCCCGCCGGGGAGGAUGUGGUUCCCACGUUCACCACCUGCAAUGACCGCAUGUUGCUGCUCCUGGCGGAUGGCGCUUCGGGCAUGCUGCGUGUCGAGGAUGCCGAGCGGCUGCAGGGCCUGGAGGAGGGCCACACCCGCCCCUGCUGGCCCAUCCAGACCCCGGGCCUGGCCGCCCACCGUAGCGCUCGUCGUGAGGAAAAUGCCGAGGCUGCAGCCAGCAAGCGAUGGGACCUCCUGGGCAAUGCCGUGACAGUACCAGUGGCCAGGUGGCUGGGGGAGCGGCUGGCCAACCCUUACCAGUACAAGUAUCAUGGUGUGUCCACUGCCGACCGCCCCCUGGAGGCGCUGUUGACUGAGGGUGCAGCCCCAGAGGCGGAUGCCUCCAUGUGGCCCCGCCCGCAUCAUGUGUGGAGCCACGUGGCCACGAACCAGCUGCAGGACGCAGUCAUCUUUCGUUACCUCAGCAUCGCACAGCGCAAGAAGGAGGUGUCGCGGCGGCGCAAGCGCCGUGAGCGCGCCGCGGCAGCAGCCGAGGCAAUACUGGCUGGAGUCGCCGGCGACGAGGUGGCGGCGGGAGCUGACAGCGGCGCAGACGAUGGCGAUGCCAGCACCAGCGGCAGCAGCGAGGACGAGGGAAGCGAUGUGGAGGGCUUUGUGGGGGCGGAUGCAGAGGCGGCGGAGAUGCUUGCGGUGGCACGCGCCGCCAGGAAGCAGGCAGCGGCGGAGCGUGCACAGCAGGCGGCGGCUGCAGCUGGCGCUUCCACAGCCUCCCCCACCCAGCCCUCAGGACCCCUGACGCCUUGCGAGGGCUCUAUGCCACCCGAGCCGCACAGCACCGCUGCUGCUGCUGGGUGCGAGGGCGAGGGCAGCGAGGGCGAUGGUGCCAGCGGCAUCCCUGCCGCCGCUGUCGCCGCAGAUGCAGAUGCUGUGGAUGAUAGGGGGACCCAAGCGACCCCCAUGGUGGUGGCUGUGCCCAAGGCCAGCCAACCUGGCGAAAGGGGUGAAGGAUCUGCAAAGGCUGAGGCACGGCUGGCUCGUGCCGAGGCUGAGGCGGACCAACAAGACCUGUUCCAGGCUGCCAUCGUGCGCAGGAAGCAGCGUGGCCUAGUGCAACAGGUGGCACGGCAGCAAUCGCAGUGGGAUCGUGAGGCCUGGCCUCGUGCGGCCUGGUAUGUGCGGGGUUUGGGCUGCUUUGGCUGCGAGGAAAUGAGCGAGUGCCCAGUGCCCAUGCCGUUUGUUCCGCUGGGGGACUUCAUUGCGGAUGUGGGCAGGGAGGCAACCCAGGAGGAGAUUCACACCUACCUUCACCGCAUGAGGGAGAAGGGGUGGGACGUGGGGCAGACCAUUGAGAAGCUGCUGCAGAACGGCGCCCGAAUUUCGGCGGAGGCCCACGAAAUCGUGCGCAUCCCGGGCCUGCUGACCGACGCAGACAUGAUUGGCGACCUGGUGUGGGUGCGGGACAAGACCGUGGGCUGCUGGUGGCCGGGCGAGAAGCUGGACCCGCUAGACAUGCCGGCGGGUCGCGACCUUCCGGCUGGGGCAGUCAGGGCUCUGUCCGCCACUGAGAAGCUGGUGAGCCUGCCGCAGUACCAAAAGCUGGCGGCCAAGCUGACGCCUGAGCAGCGCGCUGAGAGCCUGCGUGUGCUGGUCUGCUACCUACCAAUCAGCAGCGGCAAGUGGCAGUGGUAUCGAGCCUCGGAGCUGGAGUCCUUUGAAGGCAAUGCAGAGCGCGAGCGCGAGGCAUUUGCGCUGGUCAAGAGCAACGGCGGGCGCUGGAAACAUGGGAAUGAGAUGGGGUGUGCCCUCAAGGAUGCCAAGGCCAGCCUGCACAUCAAGCACCACCGCAACUGCCUGGAGGCAGACCGAAUGCGGCGCACCCGCGCCUCGGCGGCAGCGGGUGCUAUCAACCUUAAGCAGCGCUGUGGACAGUGCAAGACAUGCAUGAACAACUACGCGGGUCAGCGCCGCUUCGACUGCCUUACGCAGCGUAUGAAGGCCGCCGCACUGUCGGGACAUGCGGGGGCACAGAUUGGUGUCAACGGCGAGGGAGCCGUGGGAGCGCGUGUGGAGGUGUGGUGGCAGGGCGACCAGUGCUUCUAUUCGGGCAUCUUGGCGCUGUACGAUGCCGUGUCCACAGAACACACAGUUUGCUACGAUGAUGGGGAGGUGGGCAUGCACCGCCUGUGGCAACAUGAUGAGCGCAUCCGGCUGGCCAGCCCGGUGGAGCAGUGGCCGCGCGAUGCGGCGCUGGCACAACACCGCCUCAAGCUGGCCCAGGAGAAGCUGCGGAGCAGGGACCACGGGCGUCGCAUCGCGGGCCCGAUUGUGGAGGCUCUGCCACCGCCUCUGCAGGCGGACGAGCAGCCACCGUAUGUCAUGUCAACAGAGGAGCUGCGCCGCAAGAACCGGGAGGCCUUUGAGGUGCUGUUUGGCAGCGCAGUCAAGGGGCUGCAGGCCACGGGAGCAGUACCUGAGCUGACAGCUGAGGAACAGGAGGUGGUGGCAGCUGCCCAGCACGAGGCGCGUGCAGCAGCGGGCCAGGCGGCGCAGCACGCCAGUCUCGCUUCAGGCGGCGGCAAGGACAAGGGCAAGGGCAAGGCGGCCACAGCUGGCGGCAAUAAGGGCAAGGAGGCAGCAGAGUCGGGGGCCGCUGCGCCUGCUUCAGCGGGCGGGCUCAUUGGCGAGUAUGCAGAGCUGUUUGGCAUCAGCCCCGAGGCUGACGCUGGCCGCACCCGCAAGCGCCAUGCAAGGUCGUCAGCUGCCGACGAGACGGCCGGCAGCAUCGAUGCUUUCCCGUCCCCACCACGCAUCAAGCGCGGCCGUUUUGUUGCGCUGGAGAAGUGUGGCGAGUGCAAGCACUGCCUCAACCCCAAACUCAAGAAGGCGUGCAAGGUGGUGCUCCUGCAGCGCAAGCUGGCGGGUGGCGCCUGGCGGGGAUGA